GGUUGGUUGGUUUGUUUGGAAGAGGCUCCACCUUAAACUGGCUUUUUUAUUUUUACUGACUGGUUGAUUCACCGUCAGUCCGGUAGGUGGCGGUAUCUAGUCUGCUCUCCGCCAUAAGCAGCAGUAGAAGAAGGGGCCGUUGGCGGCUGAGGGAUUGUUUACAGUAAAGUAACAUCAUCCUAUUGUACAUCUUCUGUUGUUCCUACUGUUCCCCUGCCUUCACAGAUCAAAUUUACCUGCAGCAAGAGGUUCCACCAAAAGGUAUUCAUCAGACUAGUCACGACUAAAUAAAUGGAGAGCAGAAGUCAAAAGCAGAAAAAUAUACUCAAAGAUAGAACUCAUCAGUGUUCAGAAUGUGGGAAGAGUUUUACUCAACUGGGUACUCUUAAAGCACACCAGCGGGUUCACACAGGAGAGAAACCAUAUCACUGCUCAGAGUGUGGAAAGAGGCUUACUACACAAAAUGGCCUGCGAGCGCACCAACGCAUUCAUACGGGUGAGAAACCUUUUCAUUGUCCAGAGUGCGGGAAGAGUUUUACACUACUGAGUAAUCUCAGAAUACACCAGCGCAUUCAUACAGGAGAGAAACCAUAUCAGUGCUCAGAGUGUGGAAAGAGCUUUACUCAACUGAAUGGUCUCAAAACACACCAGCACGUUCACACAGGAGAGAAACCGUAUGAAUGCUCAGAGUGUGGAAAGACUUUCAGUCAUCCGAUUUGUCUCAGUCUUCACCAACGUGUUCACAAAGGAGAGAAACUGUUCUGUUGUUCAGAGUGUGGGAAGAGUUUUGUUACCCAGAAUCAUUUCAGAGUACACCUGCGCAUUCACACAGGAGAGAAACCGUAUUACUGCUCAGAGUGCGGGAAGAGUUUCAGUCAACAGGCUAAUCUCCAAGUGCACCAGCGCAUUCACACCGGAGAGAAACCGCAUCAGUGCUCAGAGUGUGGAAAGAGUUUUACCCAUCAGAGUAACCUCCUAAGACACAAGCGUGUUCACACUGGAGACAAACCUUAUCAUUGCUCAGAAUGUGGAAAGCGUUUUACUCAAAUGGGUAAUCUCACAGCCCACCGGCGCAUUCACACAGGAGAGAAACCGUAUCAGUGCUCUGAGUGUGGGACUAGUUUUACUCAACUGAGUACUUUCAAAGCACACCAGCACAUUCACACAGGAGAGAAACCAUAUCGGUGUUCAGAAUGUGGGAAAAGUUUUACUCAACUGAGUUCUCUCAAAAGACACCAGCACAUUCACACUGGAGAGAAACCAUAUCACUGCUCAGACUGUGGGAAGAGUUUUGGUCAACUCUUUGCUCUCAAAACACACCAGCGCAUUCACACAGGAGAGAAACCGUAUGAAUGCUCGGAGUGUGGGAAGACUUUUAGUCAGCCAGUUUUUCUCAGUCUUCAUCAGCGUUUUCACACAAGAGACAGCCUGUACUACUGUUCAGAGUGUGGGAAGACUUUUGUUACCCAGACUGAAAUCAGAGUACACCUGCGCAUUCACGCAGGAGAGAAGCCGUACCAGUGCUCGGAGUGUGGAAAGAGUUUUACUCAGCUGGGUACUUUGAAAACACACCAACUCAUUCACACUGGAGAGAAGCCAUAUCACUGUUCUGAAUGUGGGAAGAGUUUUAAUCUAAAGAAUCACCUUCAAAUACACCAGCGCAUUCACACUGGUGAGAAACCGUAUCAGUGUUCAGAAUGUGGUAAGAGUUUUGUUCAACAGAGUAAUCUCAAAACACACCAGCGCAUUCACACUGGAGAGAAGCCAUAUCACUGUUCUGAAUGUGGGAAGAGUUUUAAUCUAAAGAAUCAUCUCCAAAUACACCAGCGCAUUCACACUGGUAAGAAACCGUAUCGGUGCUCAAAGUGUGGAAAGAGUUUUAGUCACCAGAGUACUCUCAAAACACACCAGCGCAUCCACACUGGUGAGAAACCGUAUCAGUGCUCAGUGUGUGGAAACAGUUUUAGUCACCAGGGUACUCUCAAAACACACCAGCGUAUUCACACAAGAGAAACUUUAUGAAUGCUCAGACUGUGGAGUUUUAACAAUCAGACUAAUCUCCCAAGACACAAGUGUGAUCAGACUGGAGACAGACCUUAAUACUGCUCAGGCUGGAAGGAGCUGUACUGAAUGAAUUUAAAGAAACAAAUGGGUUAAUGCAUCCUAUUUGCUUUGAUUCUUGUAUCACUGUUUUGAAGAAAGUUUCUUCCAAAAACUGCCAAUAGCUUUCAGAGUUGGUUUUCAGUCCAUCUGUAACCACAGCCAUCUGUGAUUAAAACUGUCUUAAUAGACAGAGCUAGUCUAUGGUACAAAACUAUUUCCAAAGCCUAAAAUCCUUUCAGGAACACAGUAGGAUUAGUCAUUGUGAAGUGGAAAACGUUUGCAAAUGACAGAGCUCUUUCUAGACCAGUGCACAACCCUGGUCCUGGAGUGCCAAUGUCUUGCACAGUUUGGUAGCUUCCCUAAUAAAACACACCCACUAAACCUAGCAAUUAACAGAUAAAGAAAAGUUUGAAUCAGGUGUUUUUGAGCAGGAAAGUCACCAGACUGUGCUGGCCCUUGUAGCUGGAGUUGUUCUAGACUUUGGACAUUUGACCAAACUCACUAACCAGGUGAGAUCAUCCUAUCUCAAGGAGUUCGCAAAGAACCCAAUGGACAAUCCAGCAGUGGUUAAGAAAUUAUCUGACAUGUUAGACCCUGCCAGAAGGACACACUCCAUAAAUCAAUCCUUUAUAGUGGAGUGGCUAUCCCAGACAUGUCAAACUGGGUUUCCUCCAGGCCACAGCUCUGAGUUUAAUGAUGAAGGCUGCAAAGACAAGAAUCUAACAAGUGGGGUAGACCAAGAAUGUCAAAUCAAAAAACCAGGUACUGGUUUCUUUACUUGGCUAAAACCUUGUUUUACCUGGCUAGCAACAUCGUCCUAGGGAGAAAGAAAUCUACCUCAGAGUGCACACAACCUUGGACUGGGACAAGUUCACUUUUCAGUAUGACAAAGAACUGAAUCUCACAACCAAGAUGAUGCUGGAGUAUCUUAUAAACUGAAUGUAUCUUGGAUCUUGAACCCCAGAGAACAUCUUUUGUGACAGCUGCAGAGGGCAGUUCAUCAUCCAGUUUGACCGAGCUUGAGAGAACCAUUUGUUGUAUGUAAAAAAUAAUUAAAAUGAAAUACGUGUAAGGGAGAAUAGUAGUUCAUAGCUGAGAUUUUCCUGUUUUCACAAAAAAGAAACGUGAAUAAUUUUUAGCUAAGAGUGAAGGCGUGGUUUACCUCAUCUUUCAUGAACUAGAUUUGACAGUGACUAGAGGAAGAGGAUGAGAGCUGAAGUAGGAUUGCUAUCCUUUGACUUGACUUGUUAAUGAUAUAACAAUACAUUGAAUAAAAACAUUAAGUCCAUUUGUGUUUUGAUUGUUUUGUGUAGAUUGAUGCUAUACCUGGAAUUACUGUCGGGGAAGGUCUCUAGAUGGUCAAAACAGUCAAUAAUAAAGUGGAUAGUUCUGGAUGUAAAAUCUGAAUUAUGUUUCAAUUUGCAAAAUCUUGAUAUACAAGUUAGUAAAACAAUCUUUGUUUAUUAUUGUAAUUGUUAUAAAGGUCCUUAUUUUUAUAAAAGCAACCCACUCAAACCAUGCUUUAGUGAUUUUUUUUUUUAAAGGGUUUUAGGCACUCUGUAGAAUGUGCUGACUGUAGAAGGCAUUUACUGUUAAGACAGCAUUACUCGCAGAUGAGAUAUUACCAGUUCAUUGGUGCAGUUUAACUUUAUUUUAUCUCUGACCCUAUUGAAGAGUUCUUAACCUCACUAACUCAAUUUACAUUGUCCCCAUAGUUAACAUUGCCUAACUUAACUUACAUUACCUUAACAGAGGCUUGUUAGCAUUAAAUACUUCAAAAACGUCAACAUUAAUUAGUUUGAGGUUUUCCAGCUGCAGGAUGUUUGUGGGUAAGUUUUAAAUUAGAAUACAAUAUCUGGUACAGAGGUUUUCUAGACAGUUUGUCAGAAUCGACUUGACAUUUUAUUACUAUUUAAAGAUAAACAUAUUCAAAGGUACUGUCUCAAGGGUGAAGACAUUGCAGUGAUUGGCAAUGCUUGCAAUAUCCCAUCUGUGAGGGAUACAGUCACCUAAUCCUUUCCUACUGUCAUGGUUUCCCAGGUGCAUUUCUUCCCUUUUCUUGCUCUGGUUGUUUAACCUGUCUCCCUUGUUACAUGGGCCCUUCAGUUUGUUUUUGAUUUGGUUCUUUGUUUCUGCCCUUGUCCUGCGCCCUUAACCUGUGUUCUUACCUGUAUCUAGUUCGGCUGCCCCUCCUUCCCCUUAUCUUGUCCCCUAAGCUGCCCCUCCUUUCUAAUCUUGUCAUUCACAUAAGUAGCCCUCUUGUUUUGUUUUGUUUUGCCUGGUUUUUUUGAUAGUUUGUGAGAGCCUGUCUCACUGAAGGUCUUAUCUAAUAUUAGAUUUCUUGGUUUGUGUUUGCUUUAUAUUUUCGUAGCUUUCUCUUAGUAUUUGGGUUUGUUUAAUGCUUUGUUUUUAAUAAACUUCAAACCUCACACCUACAUCCUGCCUCCGAGCCUCAUUGCAUGACAGAAGACCAGACCUCAUCAAUGUAUCAUGGAUGUACCAAAACUUUUCGAAACUUUGAAAAGUGGAUCAUGGAAGAGAAGGAAGUCAAUCUUCAACUAAUUAC